AUGAACUCGCAGAUUGUUUUGGUACUGUCUCUUGUGGCACUGGGCGGGGCGGUCAUUGACCCGGAAGUUCUAGCAAAGUUGAACGCUCAACAGGACCAACUGAACACACUGGUCAAGCAAACGAUGAUUCUACAGGAGUUCGUCGAGGAAAGGAUCCGAACCGACGGCCAGUCUGGUAUCAAACAACUCCGACAUGACACAGAAGGCUCGAGAAACUACUACGGUUCUUCACAUCUGGACUACAGUGCUGCUGGCAUUCAUGAUCACAGUGAUUACAUCAGGACUCUGGGGAUGGGGGAGAUCGCCGCUGUCAUCAACGGCGUGGAGUUUCGAACCCGUCAUCUGGACUUUAAGCUGGUCCGUCCCUCGACCACCAACACUAGUUUUGGAGCGUUGGAAGAUAUACCAUACCCUGAGGUGCCACCGGAAGUCACAAGCAAAGCCACAGUAGCGGAACAAAUCCUGGAGAUGAAAGAAUGGUUCAAGGCGUUCGCCACACAAAACUCCACACUGAGAAACUACAAGAACUACUUCAAGCCCGUGAUCUGCUACAUGGAGGGCAUGUGGCUUAAAGAUUUGACGACGGAAAUAACCGAACCGUUCCAGAGUGACCGGCACCGCCUGGAUGCCAGUAACUGGGAUGACCUCAUGCAGAAAGUGCGUUACAUGGCCUAUACCGGCAUCAAGGACAACUUUGAGAACAUAGCCUUCCACCCCCGUAAAAUCAUGUACAUGGACUCGACCACAGGAGUCCCCGUCUACGGGCAAUGGAACUACAGGGUGCUCUGUUACCCGAUUCCUUUUGACAUCCCCACCAAAUAUCUCAAACAGAGGGAGGACUUGUCUUGGAGCACCAGUCAAGGCCUGGACACGGCUGGGGUACUCAAGACUCGAGGUGCCAGGUUCCAACUCAACGAAUUGGACUCUGAUCAAAUUAAAAGCGAUUUUAACAUCUACGACAAGAUCAUGCAGGUCAUCCCUGGACUGGACAACGUACCUGCCGCGGACGUCAAGGAGAACUACGGCGCUCCCCUGUACACGGCUGACGGCACCAAGUCCCCACUCAGGUCCUCGUACUACCACAGGUGGUACAACUUUGCCAAGAAUGGGGCCAUGGGGACCUCGCUUACCCACCGCGGCUACUCGGACCAAUUUCUAUUCGUCGCCGUCAACUCACGUGACAAGAUCGUACCAAUGACGAUGGACGACUGCAAGAGCGGGGUCUGCACCAAGUACAGCACCCGGGUCUCCUAUGCCAUCCCCAUGGAGAUCGUUUACCUGACGCCCCUGCUCAAGUGGAACCCUUACAACAUCGCCUACAACCAGAACCCUGACGUGACCUAUGACCCUAACCAGGAUGGGAAGACGGCCGCCACGGCCUUCAACGGCAUGAACUUCAUGACCUUUUACCAGACCCCAGUGACGUUUUUCAACGGUCCAGCCGUGCAGGCUGACGUGGCAGACACCAUCGAGCCAUUGGUCAAGAUGAAGACUACAGAGGGUAAAGUUGUUGACGUCACCGCCACUGGAACCAGAUGCAUCCUGCCUAAAAUAGACGGUGUGGGGGAGGUGAGGCUGAGGUACCCCAUCCACCCCAUCCACGGGGAGGGCAGUGCCGUAUGGAAGGAGGUCAACGCCAUCCGUGACUUUAUGAAAACGCUGACAACUACAACGGCACCUGAUAUCUAGAAACACAUCUAUUUAUAUCCUGUUAUGUUGAAAUCGUUUCGGCUAAAUUUUAAUGACUAAUGUAAUAUUUAGUUAGACUGAACAUUAACUAUGUUUGCAUUGUCAUCGGAUACGCAUUUUCAAGAAACAGUUCCAUUAAAAAGAGUUCCAUUUAUAAAGAAUUGACAACAAAACCAUAGAAAUGCUAAGAAAAUUUUGUAAUUAACCUAAAUUGGUCAAUAAAAAAAUGUAGUUAAGUGAAACAAUAUUAAACAUCACAAUAAUAAACGACAC